AGCAGCAUUGAAACCAACAGCAGCAGCAGCAGCAACAAUUGCUGAAGCAGCAGCAAUUGGUAGCAGCGCAACGAGCAACGGCUCGAGUCCAGCGGUUACCGCCAACAGCAGCCAGGACGCAAUCGAUGGCAUGAGCAAUGAUACGGAGCUCAAGUUCCAGUCGUAUGUGAAUGGCAACGGCAAUGGCGUAUACAAAAUUAUUAAGACUCUCGGCAAAGGCAACUUUGCGAAGGUUAAGCUGGCGCUGCAUGUGCCCACAGGACGCGAGGUGGCCAUCAAGGCCAUCGACAAGACACAGCUCAACAGCAGCGCUAGGCAGAAACUCUAUCGCGAGGUGAAGAUAAUGAAGAUGCUUAAUCACCCGAACAUAGUGCGUCUCUAUCAGGUUAUCGAGUCGGAGCGCACGCUUUAUCUUAUAAUGGAGUACGCCAGUCGUGGCGAGUUGUUCGAUCAUCUGGUCAAGAACGGACGCAUGCGUGAGCGUGAUGCGCGUGUUAUCUUUCGCCAGCUGGUGUCCGCUAUACAGUAUUGCCACAGCAAGUUUGUGGUGCAUCGCGAUCUGAAGGCUGAGAAUCUGUUGCUGGAUCAGCAUAUGAACAUAAAGAUUGCAGACUUUGGAUUUGGCAACACUUUCGAUCCGAAUGCGCAGCUGGAAACAUUUUGCGGCAGUCCGCCGUAUGCAGCGCCAGAGCUGUUUAUGGGACGCAAGUAUGCAGGACCUGAGGUGGAUGCCUGGUCGUUGGGUGUGGUGCUUUAUACGCUGGUAAGCGGCUCGCUGCCUUUUGAUGGCGGCACAUUGAAGGAGCUGCGCGAGCGCGUGCUGCGCGGCAAAUAUCGCGUGCCCUACUACAUCUCCAUGGACUGUGAGAAUCUGAUGCGCAAGUUCCUAGUGCUUAAUCCUAGCAAGCGCACCUCGCUGCACGCCGUAAUGAGCGACAAGUGGAUCAACAUGGGCUACGAUGAAGCAGAUCGCUUGCGUCCGUAUCGCGAGCGUCCCAUGGAGCUGCAGGAUGCUGCACGCAUUGAUAUGCUCGUUGCCAAGGGCUACAAGCGUCGCGAUGUGGAAGCUGCGCUAGCUGCGCAAGCUUUCGAUGAUAUCUACUGCACUUAUAUGCUGCUGGCUGUAUCCAGACCACGCAAUGCACGCCAGACUGGCGAUGAAACGCUGCCCAGCAGCAGCAGCAGCACGCGUGACGCUGCCGCUGGAGAAGAGUCUAACCAGCUCGAAUCGUCCACUGCCGCCGCGCGUAGCCAAUGUGCUCAUCACACCCAAUGCCUUGCCCACAACGCCUACAACAACUGCCGCGCCGCUGCCGCUGUGGCAGCUCCACCCGCCAAGCCCACACGCCGCACGCCUGCGCGCAAAACCAACAACAGCAGCUCCAAUGCCAGCAACACGCCACAAGCCAAGCGCGCCACCAGCUCUGCUGCUGCUGCUACGCCCACUGCUGACAUUAAGCCCACACUGCUAAGCGCUCAACGACAACAGGCGCAGGCACAAAAGUUGGCCAAUACGCCCACGCGUUUUAACUACGCACGCGAAGGCUCCGGACGUCGCCCCACUACGCUCUAUGAAAAAGGCGAGUCCAGCGCCAGCAGCGCUGCUGCUGCAACGCCGCUGCAGCCACCCAAGUCGCCCAUGGAUGGACGCCUGCUGGAGCGUCUGCAGCUGGUCAGCUGCACCCCAACGUCUGCUGCGGCUGCUGCUGCGCCGGCUGCAACCACACCGGCGGGCAAGUCCAGCCAGCAGGAGAAGCCUUUCAAUCGCAGCAACGUAGCACGCGCCACCUUCCAUUUCGGCCAGGGGCGCAGCAGCAAGCAUGGGCGUGGCAACAGCAAUGGCAACGAGGACGAUGGCUAUCAAACGGCGCCGCUUUCCGCUGAUGACACCAAGCCCGCCUCACGUGUUGGCUUCUUCUCCAAGCUAACCGCGCGCUUUGGUCGCCGCGUCAUAACGCUCAACGAAAAAGAUGCCUCCGAUCAGCGCAAGAAUCUAACCAAGUAGCGCCAUACUAAAAUUAACAUACACUAGACUACAUACAACAACAUUAUAUAUAUGCCCAUAUAGAUCGUAUAUAAAAGCAAAGAGCAAAACUAACAGCGCAUGUAAUUGAGAAUUGUUUAGAACUUUAAGUGAUAGUAGCAUAAAUAGUUAGUUUAAAUAUAUUUUUUAUAACAAACGUUUGAAAG